ACAUGGUGGUGUGUGCCUGUAGUCCCAGCUACUUGGGAGGCUGAGGCAGAAGAAUUGCUUGAACCCAGGAGGUGGAGGUUGCAGUGAGCCGAGAUCAUAUAAUAAUAAUAAUAAUGAUAAAAGAAGGACUUGGCCUACCAUGGAAUGGCCCCCAAAGCUGCUGUCUGAAUCUAAGCUGUCACUAAGUUGCGAGCUGCUGGGGUGUAUGUGUAUGGUUGUGGGGGGAGUGAAUAUCCCUUUAAACAGCCACUGGGGAGGGGGUUCUGGAACCCCUGGCCUCAUAGAGACCCAGCCUCCCUCCCCCCAUCUCUCUGGGCUCUGUGUCUAAGGAGCCCUGGGGCGCUGGGUGUGAGUCACUUAGGUGGGCGUGUGUGGAGGGGUGUCUGGGGAGGGCACUGAACAGGCCGAAGGGGCAUCCCGCUGUGGGGAGACAUCUCUGGGAAGACAGGUUCCUCACAGCAAAGCCUGUGGUGAAGGUCUCAGAGGCCUCUCAGGGGAAGUCUCAGGGUCCCCAGGAAGGGGAACGAGGUCUGGAGGGAGGAGGUUGUGGGUCCCCAGGCAUGCUUGUUGAGGGAGGGGGGUCUUCAGGUUCCCAGAAGCAGGGACCUCAGGCAGGAGUACUACGGGAGGAGUGUGGAGGAAGCGUGGAGGAAGCGGGCUCCUAAGCUGGGGGCCUCGGGGUAGGAAGGGCCUGGGCCCAUCCUGCCCUUGUGGCCCCCGGCUGCAGCCUCAGUGCCAUGGGGGUGAAGCGGAGCCUCCAGAGAGGGGGCAUUCUGCUCAGCCUCGUGGCCAACGUCCUCAUGGUGCUCUCCACGGCCACCAACUACUGGACCCGCCAACAAGAGGGCCACAGUGGCCUGUGGCAGGAAUGCAACCACGGCAUCUGCUCCAACAUCGCCUGCCAGACCACGCUGGCCGUGACUGCGGCGUGCAUGGUGCUAGCGGUGGGUGUCGGCGUGGUGGGCAUGGUGAUGGGACUGCGGAUUCGGUGCAACGAGGGCGAGUCGCUGCGGGGCCAGACCACGAGCGCCUUCCUCUUCCUCGGCGGACUGCUGCUGCUGACCGCCUUGAUAGGCUACACGGUGAAGAACUCGUGGAAGAACAACGUCUUCUUCUCUUGGUCCUAUUUUUCUGCGUGGCUGGCCUUACCCUUCUCAAUUCUCGCGGGCUUCUGCUUUCUACUGGCAGAUAUGAUCAUGCAGAGCACCGACGCCAUCAGUGGAUUCCUCGUGUGUCUGUGACUGCAGCCUGCCUGGGGCAGAAUAAAGGAACGGCUUUUUUU